AUGAGUCGCAAAUCUUCCGGAGCGUUGAGCUCCAUGGCACUGUGUUCGUCUCCACCGCCGCGCAAGUACAACUCUCCUCCACGAUAUGGACACAAGAAUUCUCAUGGUGUGAACAAAUCCCCUCCCCCUCCUCCUCCUUCCACAAGCUCUCCGCCCCCUCCACUGUACAAGUCUUCGCCUCCUCCUCCAGUGCUGAAGUCGCCGCUUCCUCCUGUGUACAAGUCACCUCCUCCGCCUGCAUACAAAUCAUCUCCACCUCCUCCACUGAACAAGUCUUCUCCUCCAUAUGUGAAGAGCUCCCCUCCUCUUUCUCCAGUGUACAAGUCUCCUCCCCCUCCAUAUGUGAAGAGUUCACCUCCUCCCCCUGUCUACAAGUCUCCACCUCCUCCAUCUUAUGAGAAGAAAUCCCCGCCUACUCCAGUGCCCAAGUCAUCUCCUCCACCGUACGUGAAGUCGUCACCACCAACUUAUUGA